UCCAACCCUUUUUCUUAUUGUUCUAGCUUUAGCAUUUAUACUUCUUUCUCUCUCCUAUUUUUUCUGUGUUCUGAUACUAAGCAGCAUUCCAUGUGCUCUCUUUCUAUCUGCUUCUCAAAUUUUAUGCUGCUCUUUUACAAAGAAGGAAUCUUUCCUUUUUUCUGUUAACAGAAACUCAGUGUGAGACUUGAGUUUCAUCUGUUCCUUAAUAAAACAUUUUGAUUUUCAGUGGCAAUAUAUUAGUAAAAAUUAUGAAAAGUUGAUAUUUUGAAAAUAAACUUUGACAUGAAUCAAACUAGAUUUAUUUAUGACUCUGCUUUUCCUUUCCUUAUACAUUAGUCAUUAGUGAGUUGAGUAAGGUGAGGUUUCUAAUCAUGCAUUAUUAUUAUUUUUCUUAUAAAUAAAAAUUAUUUGAAGUGUCUGGCAUUUGCAUGUGCAUCAAAUGAUUUUGGCCCACAUCAACAAAAUUAAUAUUCUAUAAUCUUGAUACCACUCAAAAAUUGAUCUUCAACCCCACCACUAUUACCUUCUCCAUCCCAUUCUUUUUCUGAUGGUAUUUAUGCUUCUCCCUUUGCUGAAGUUUGUGAUAUGCAAAAAAAAAAGUGAUGAUAUUUUUGUAACACUGUUCUUUUUACACUUUGAUGCUAUGAGUAGCCCAACACCUUGCAGCAGCACCUGGUCAAUUAGUGAAGAUUCGCUAAAGAGAUAUGUACAAUAUGCAAGCGAGAACUGUAUACAAGAGCUGCUGUCAGCGUCAGACUCGAGUAGGAAUGGGAAUGGGAAUGACGGGUGGAAGAUUGUUUCGUUAGAUAGUGGUAUGGAAAUAUCAAAGCGGCGUCCAGGAUCAUUCCACAUCUUUCGUAGGCGUUGGCUCCUCAAAUCAGGAUCAUAGGGUUGUAUGGUUCAUCUUACUGUUGCUCUCUAAUAACAAACUUCCAAGACUGAUAGAGAGUCAAAGACCCCCCACCACCACCAUUACACAAAGCACGGAUAAGGAAAUGGAAAUGGAAAUGUAGGUAACAUGCAAAAAAUUGUACCCAAAUGAUUCAAGAUAGUUCCGGAACUCCGUCAUAUGAGUUGAUAAC